AGUCACGUCGACAGACGACAUGUCCGCGGGGUUAACCGCCUGGGACUGUUUCGCAUUUUUCUCUGGAUCAUACAAUGAAAUAAUCGGCUUUAAUCUAUGAGAUCUUGCUCUGUAACGUCGGCGGUUGCCUUGGGGGACCCGACCGGUGUUCAUUGGCCGACGUGGCGGCUGGCAGCCCGUCUGCCACGGAACAGAUUGAUAAUGACUGAGAUCCAUCGCAAAAUCUGGUUCCAGUUGAAACAUGGGCAGAGAACGAGUCUCCGAGAAGGUGGUACAUGGUGGGACAGUGUAGUGGCAGUUCCAGAGAGUGUGAUCUAUCUUGAGGAGUGGUUUCUAGACGGGUAAGGAAGGAGAAUGCCAAAUGAAUAGUAAGGGGAAACCCAAAAUAAUCAUGAACAAUACCAAACAGGAGAUGGGACCACAAUCCACUGGGGGCCUCAUUCCAUCGGAAGCGCGGGAGUUCGCGCAAUAAG